AUGCCUUUUCCUUUUGUUCUCCCUACCACGUCGGCUUUCUCAUUCUCCUCGAGCUUCACCAGCGAUACCCAUCCCUCCUUGCCCCUCAGCGCUAGUACGUAUCGCGGGGUCGUGAGAGAUGCUCUGAAGAAACACAAGCGCCUCCCACCUCCUUCGCAGUCAUCCCACAUAUCCACUGUUAUCGGGGCUCUCAGUGGCUACGUUCCGUAUAUAUUAGCUGUCGAUGCCGGCCUCAAUCCGAACGCUCAGUUUGGAGAAAGCAUCAGCCUCAGGGCUACCUCACCACCGACGAUCGAAUGGCGUCCGACGCUCUCGGACAAUGCAGUCCCCGGGAGAGAACGCUCCAGGGUAAAGGUUCAGUCUGUGGACUAUGAGAUUGCUUUCACCUUGUCAAGCUUGGCCAGCGCAUACAACUUGGUUGCUCGGGCUGCCCUUCACCCGCUAUUUGUGACGACACAGGCCACCUUGGAUGCCCAGCAGCGAACAGCUGCAAUCCAAACUGCAACUAAGUAUCUCCUGGAUGCCGCAUCGAUAUACGACUGGUUGGCCAUCAAGGCAGAGAGAGUGCAAACGGCACCACCUUGCAGCGAUGUUUCGCCGUCAACCCUCCGCGCAAUGUCCUCGCUCGCGCUCGCCGAAGCAACUCUCCUCGCAGUCUUGAAAGACGACCCUUACCCGGCCAUUGUUUCUCAGGACCGCAACAAGAAUGACCGCGAGUGGAUGUACAAAGCUCCUGAUAUUCCCAAGGUCCGCGCCCACCUCUUCGCCCGCCUGUGCCUUGCCGCCGCAGAGCACGCUGCCCAGGCAUCCUCCCUUUGCCAAGCCGCAGGCCGAGGAUCCAGUAAGAUCAACGAGGGUCUCCUGCGCUAUCUCGAAGAUCUUCGGCGGACUUGCCGUGCCAAAGCAUGUCGGUUUUUUGGUAUUGAUGCUGAGAUCGGCGGCGAGGUUGGGAAGGCCAUCGCCUGGCUACAGGCCGGCCUGCAGGAGCUCGGUAUCGAGUCCAAGUACUCAGCCAAAGGAUCUGGCUUCAGUCGCCUCAAGAAGGAGUGGACCGAGAAGCGCGAGGAGCGGAAAGUGGAGAAGGAAACAGCCUGGGGGGCGGACGGCGGUAAGGUCGAGGAAACAAGAGUGAUUGAGUUCCUUGAGGUCAAGUGGCAGAAGCUUAACGAUACGAUGAACGUUCAGAUCAUUCCGCCGGUCGGGCCCUUACUGGCUCAGAUGCCGUCUGGCCGAGAGAUUCAUGCCCUCAAGCCAUAUCAGCCUCCAACGCUGGACCCAAGUAUCCUGGACGCCAUGCGCGCACCGCCAGAGAGGAAAGACGACUAUGGAGAUGCUUUGAGCUCGGACGAUGAGGCAAAAGGUCACGCAGGUCCCCCAGGGGCUUUUCCUGAGUCAAGACCGGAUUACAGAAGCGCGAGCACGUCGUCCUACUACUAG